UGUUUUGGUGUGGAGCUGUAAUAAAAGGGGUCUUUUUCAUAUGAAAUUCACACACAAUCUGUUUGCGGAAUCUACGAGCUAAAAAUGGACAGCAAUGAGAUUGAAAUAGUACGCGGGAGUAUAAAUGAGUUGAGCAUCAAAGAACAGGCUGAUCAAGCUGAAGGUUGCCCACAAAUCACCUGUUUUUCUCAAGCUUCUGAUGAAGUAACCUUCCACUUUCAGAUUAUUCGUCUUCACAAUCAGAUUUAUGCCUGGGUUGGUUGCAACACAGCCAAGUUUGGACAUUUGUAUGCGGCUGCACCUACACGGCCUAGCCAUACAGUUGGUGUGACUUCUCUAAUACGAGGAGCUUCUGAUAACACGGGUUCUGGCAUUGCUCGCCGAUUAGUUCUAAAAACUGGUCUUAACAUCGUACUUGCUUGUAACAUACCAAAGAAUAACCCCAUGCUUGAGGCAAAUGCUGAGAAAAUGCUGAUGCAGAAGCUAAUUAGUCUCGGAUACACCAAGUCGAGAAGCUGAAGAAAGGUUGAAUGAGUUUUCUAUGACAGUUUUUUUCCUUGGUACUUAUUCCAGAGUUGAAUUUGUUCUUCAAUUCUUGGAUUUUACUGUCAUUUGUUCGAUUGAUGAAUCUUCGGAACAUGGAAGCCAUGGAGUCAAUCAUUCUUCAUCAUUCUUCAUCUUGGAAAAUUUAAAUGGACGAAGAGUAGGAAAUCUCGAUGAUAUGUUUAGUGUAAGCCAUAUAUAUACUACUUAUGAGUGUCAUAUCGAGCAAGAUACAGAUGUAUUAUACAUUUUUUUUUAAAUAUCUAUUGGAGGUAGCUGGUGCAUGUGUUUUUUUGAUGGAUUUGGCAUUGAUAAA